CAAGGAUUUUAUAUACAAUAAUCUGACUCCAUCGAGGACAAUACUAACAAAUAUCGUCUUAGACAACAUUGAUAAAUACAAACGAAUUUAAAUCUUUAGUUUAUUUUAUACACGACUUUCAACUAAAGAUUUCUUUCUAUAAAAAAAGAAAACGAUAACUUAAUAGCGAAACAAUGAUUGGAUACACAACAGCGUUGUUUGCUUUGGUCGCCGGAACUUUGGUCAUUGCUGGCCACGACGAACUCGUGCAAUGCACACCGGGUGUAUAUCAGAUCAUCGGAAAGGCCGACUGUACGGGCUUCUUCAUGUGCGUGUUUGGGAAAAAAGUCGAGAUGCCGCCUUGUCCUGCUAGCUCGGUGUUUAGCUCCAGCGCUAACGUUUGUGUUCCCAAAGGUUCAAUGUAUGAUGACUGCAAGAAAACAACAGAAGGAGGCGGAGGUCACAUGCCAGUGCUGCCCGACCUAGGAUCUCUUAGUCCAAAGGAACGAUGCAAAAUGUUUGGAGGCGUGUUUCCCCACCCCACGGAAUGUCAAGUCUUCUACAACUGCAGUGUUAGUUAUACACACGCGUUCUUCGAGCAACACCUUGUUGAAUGUCCCUACCCUCAACUUUUCAACACCGACACCAAACAGUGUGACCAUUUUGAGAAUGUAAAAUGUGGAAGCAGGACAGAGUUCAAGGAUGGAUAUAAGUUGACUGUCAAUUUCGUCUGAAAUAUUGAAAUUCAAUAGUCAUAAUGCAUUAGUCAUAACACCAGCAAAUUACAAAUAUUUAUGUAACUCUAAUCUGUCUGCAUAUACUAGCUAACUCGCAGAAGCAGAAACAUAACUUGUAUUUUGUUGUUCUUCAGGCCAAUACAGAUCCAACCAGUGUCCCGUUUCCCACUGUAGACCCUGCAGUGUCGACCUCCCAAGCUGUGUAGGCAAACCUGACGGAAUAAAUGUUCACCAAGUCAAACUUUGGAGUCCAUUCUACGCCGUAUGCUACAAAGAACGCACGAUCAAAGUGGAUCGAUGCCAAGCUGACGUAAAUGGCCGAGCACAGUUGUUCCAUCCGGAAAGGAACGAAUGCGUUUCAUUGGAUAUGAUUCCUCGAGAACAUGGGGGAUUGAUGCCCGAGUGCGGUACGAAAGUAGACGGGUUUUAUCAGGAUGUGUUUGGGCGAUGUGACCAGUACGUGCGUUGUCAGGGAGGAAAAUAUAUUGGCACGGUGAAAUGUGCGGUUGGAGAGGUGUUCGAUGGCACAAAGGGCGGCUGCGUUCCGCAAGAGAAAGCAUGCGGACCCUGCGGAAGAAAUGACCAUUGCUGAGAAAACUACUUUCACACUUAUCGAAAUAAAAAUGAUGAAAAUGGGCGAAGUGUCGAAUCUCCAAGAUGUAAAAGUCGUGUUAGAGACAGCUUAGUGUUGCUCUGAGUUGAUCUCGCUGUGUUGGCUUUACUACCAACAUUUACCAUUUUAAAACCAACCAACUACUUUUGUGUUGUUAAUUUGCAAUGUUUUGUAUGUUUUUAACAUUUUUUAUCACAUUUAUGAUGUCUUUUGAUUAAGGUUCUAUACUUUGUUAUUUAUUGAUGUUUUAAAAGUAUGCACUUUGCCAGUACAUUGAAUUUGCGUGUGUGUCGUUAGCUCUGUGAUAAAUAUUAUAAAAAAAAUACUGUUAAAAGUAAUAAAACAUAGCAUCACUGUAUUGCAUAUACAGAUCUAUUAUGUUUUUAUUACUAUCAAUGUUGCAAACCCUUAAAUAUUAUGUUUAGCUAACUUAUUUACCAUCAUUGAGUGUUUAUAAACUCAUUAGUUAUUCAAUUGGCAUUACAUAGCUGAAUGAUGUUAUAUAACUUAAGAAAGAGAAAGAACACAAAAGAACACACGACUUUGAGUUGUUAAUCAUUGAUCCGAUGCAGAAUGGUACGAUUAUGUAUUAAUCUUUAUUAUGAUCAUUCAUUUGUAAAUAGAUUUUCAUUAUUUUAUUUAUGAAUUUUGCCUUGUGCAAUUCCUUUGAAAUCCACACAUUUUGUUCAAUAAAAUGCAAAAUAUA